UUCCAUCAAGCAUUAACAUAUCAUUGUAAAGAAUGGAUAAAUCAUUAUGGACAACAUUUAUAUAAUAAAAUGUCAAAUAAACUUAAAGAAAUUGAUAAAUUUGAUAUGGUCCAUAUACAAUUAAUUGAUUAUCCAAAUUUAAUACGUAUUCAAAAAGAAAUAAAUGGUUUAAAUAUUUUAUUUAAUAGUUAUGAUGAAUUUAAACGAAAUAAAAAAUUAAUGUCAAAUAUUCUUUGGACAGGACUUAAUAUUAAUGAUUUAAUUAUUAAGAGAGGGUCCACGACAGCAUCGAGGAUACGAGGCACUCGAUAA